UUGGCAGCACCCGAUGUUUCUCCACCCCUGUCGAGCUUGUUUUUGUUGGAUUUUUAAAUUUUCAAAUUAUUUUCCCGGAAAAUUCGCGAUCCACGCAGAGGCAAAGGACGCGAUUUAAACUACCUGCGGUCGCAGAUUCCCGCGAACCUGGUCGCGAGCAGGCAGAAAAACUCAAGUAAUGCCUUCGCCGUGCAUGAAUAUAAGGAAACGACGCUCGAUCCAGACACGCCAGAGCAAAUGGACACCUCGGUAAAUACGCGCGCGGACGACCAGGCAAACAGCUCCCUCCGCCUACAUUGCUCGCUCUCCUCCGUUGAGAUGGAGAAUGAAAUGGAGAUGGAGGCGGAGAGCGACCUCUCGCUGGCCUUCGAACGAGACGAAGACGCUGGGCAGUCUGGCGGCAGCUGGGACGAACUACCUGCUUUCGAGAUCCGCGCCUUCUGUCCACACGGGCGGACGCCCUCUCCCAUAGACGACCUCAACCUAUCGGAUAUCGAAACCCCCAAGCAACAGCUGCAUCAUCAGUCUUCGGAGGAGUUGCGCUACAAUAAUCCGGAAUUUGUGGCCCUGCACGACAUAAACGCCCAGAUCAGCCCGCCCAGCGACGCGGACACCUCCAAGAGCAGCAACAACCUUGAAACCAUCUUCGAAGGCGUUUUCCUGCACACCCCGCCGAGGGAGAAGGCAAACGCCGCUGGAAGCCCCAGUUCAACGCGUUUUACACCUAAGCGCAGCCGGGCCAAUCUUAUGGAGCUGGUGGCCAUCGGCAACCGGCUGAAUGGCGGGAAGGAAAACCAAUCGCCAUGCGCUCACUUAUCAAAGUCGCCGGCGCAGUCUCCGACCAAGGACCCCACCUAAACAGUCAACCCCAACCAAAGCCACGGAGCCCUCGCUCAGACUGCCAUCGAUUUUCUAGACUAAGUAACGAUUCUCCUGUACACAUGCAUGUGUAUUCUUAGAUGUUUGCCCAACCGUGCUACAGCCUAAUGUAGUUGUGAAAUAAAGAUUGUCUUUCCAUGUUUCAAACAUUAA